CACACCAAAUUUUGUUCCUUUUUUCCUGGGACCACUCCAGGAAGUGAGUCAGAGCUUCGAGUGCAGGAUACUUUUCAAGAAUCAACAUCAGUAAGGGAAAAGGGAACAAAGCAAGCAAGAUUAGGCAAACUGCAGGACCAAGAAAGCCUCUGUGACCCAGAGGGAAUGUCUGGGAUGAAAUUGCUCAUCAUCUUUGAACCACAUCAAACCAAAUUUUCAAACUUUUAGAGCUUUAGGCAAGGUGACUUUCUCCACUAAAGGAAGAUCUUGAAGGAAUCGACAACUGGAGUCUGUUCAAUGACUGCGUUCUCUGAAGCUUUGCAUAGAUGUCUUCCUUGAAGAGUGAUCUUGGUGGGAUGUUUUCCUGUCUACCACACCGCACCAAAAAAAGUAAUGCUAUACUAAUAACAAUGCUUUUCAUAAUAUUCUAAAUCUGGGAACUACCUAAUGUAUCAAACUGAAAAGCUUAAAUAUAAUGCAGAAUAUUGAUAUAAUGUUAUAACAUUGAUAUUUGAUAUGGCUUGGCCAUGUCCACAUCCAAAUUCCAUCUUGAAUUCCUACAUGUUGUGGGAUGGACCUUUUGGGAGGUAACUGAAUCAUGAAGGCACGUCUUUUCUCUGCUCUUCUCAUAAUGAGUACAUCUCACAAGAUCUGAUGGUUCCUUAAGGGGGAGUUUCUCUGCACAAGCUCUCUCUUUUUCUGCUGCCAUCUAUGUAGGAUGAGAUUUGUUCCUCCUUGCCUUCCAUCAUAAUUGUGAGGCCCCCCCCAGCCACUGGAACUAUGUCUAUUAAACCUCUUUGUUUUGUAAAUUGCCCAGCCUUGGGUACAUCUUUAUCAGGAGAAUGAGAACAUAUUAAUACAUUAAACUGCUACCAAUAGAGUGGGGCACUGCUGAAAAGAUACCUGAAAAUGUGGAAGGGACUUUGGAACUGGGUAACAGGCAGAGGUUGGAACUGUUUGGAGGGCUCAGAAGAAUACAGGAAAAUUUGACACUCUUGAACUUUCUAUAGACUUGUUAAAUGACUUUGACCAGAAUGCUGAUAAUGACAUUGACAAUGAAAUCUAGGCUGAGGUGAUCUCAGAUGGAGAUGAGGAACUUGUUGGGAACUGGAGCAAAAGUGACUCUUGUUAUGUUUUAGCAAACAGACUGGGGGCAUUUGGCCCCUACCCUGCAGAUUUGUGGAACUUUAAACUUGACAGAGUUGAUUUAGGGUAUCUGGCAGAAUACAUUCCUAAGCAGCAAAACAUUCAAGAGGUACUUGGGUACUGUUAAAGGCAUUCAGUUUCAUAAGCGAAGCAGAGCAUAAAAGUUUGAAAAUCUGGAACUUGAAGAUGCUAUAGAAAAGAAAAUACCAUUUUCUGAGAAGAAAUUCAAUCUGUCUGCAAAAAUUUGCAUAAGUAACAAGGAGCUGAAUGUUCAUCCCCAAGACAAUGGGGAAAAUGUCUCAAAGGCAUGACAGAGGACUUCAUGGCAGCCCCUCCCAUCACAGACUCAAAGGCCUAGGAGGUAAGAUGGUUUCUUGGGCUGGGCCCAGGGUCUGCAUGCUGUGUGCAGUCUAGGGACUUGGUGACCUGCAUCCCAGCUGCUGCAGCCAUGGCUGAAAAGGCCCAAUGCAGAGCAUGGGCCUUGGCUUCAGAAAGUGCAAGCCCUACUAAGCCUUGGCAGCUUUCAAAUGGUGCUGAGCCUGUGAGUGCACAGAAGUCAAGACUUGGGCUUUGGGAACCUCCACCUAGAUUUCAGAAGAUGUUUGGAAAUGCCUGGAUUCCCAGGCAGAGAUUUGUUGCAGGGGUGGGAUCCUCAUGGAGAACCUCUGCUAGGGCAGUAUGGAAAAGAAAUGGGGGAUGGAGUCCUUUGCACAGAGUCCCUACUGAGGCAUUGCCUAGUGGAGCCGUGAGAAGAGGGCCACCAUUCUCCAUACUCCAGAAUAGUAGCUCCAUUGGCAGCUUGCGCCAUGUGCCUGGAAAUGCCUCUGACACUCAACACCAGCCUAUGAAAGCAGCCGAGAGGGAGACUGAUCCCUGCAAAGCUACAGGGGUGGAGCUGCCCAAGACCAUGGGAAGUCACCUCUUGAAUCAGCAUGACCUGGAUGUGAGACGUGGAAUCAAAGGAGACCAUUUUGGAGCUUUAGUAUUUGACUGUCCUGCAGAAUUUCAAACUUGCAUGGGGCCUAUAGCCCCCUGUUGGCCUGUAGCCAAUUUCUCCCAUUUGAAAUGGCUGUAUUUACCAAACACCUAUAUCCCCAUUGUAUCUCGGAAGUAACUAACUUGGUUUUGACUUUACAGGCUCAUAGGCUGAAGGGACUUGCCUUGUCUCAGAUGAGAUGUUGGACUAUGGACUUCUGAGUUAAUGCUGAAAUGAGUUAAGCCUUUGGGGGACUAUUGGGAAGGCACGAGUGGUUUUGAAAUGUGAUGGAAUGAGAUUUGGGUGGGGCUGGGGUGGAAUGCUAUGGUUUGUCACUGUACCCACCCAAAUCUCAUCUUGAAUUCUCACUGUUGUGGUAGGAACCUGGGGGAGGCCCUUGAAUUAUGGGGACAGGUCUUUUCUGUGCUGUUCUCAUGAUAGUGAAUACAUCUCACAAGAUGUGAUGAUUUUAUAAGGAGGAGUUUCCCUGCAAAAGCUCUCUCUCUUUGCUUGCUGCCAUCCGUGUAACACAUGAUUUGCCCCUCUUUGCCUUCCACCGUAAUGUGAGGCCUUCACAACCAUGUGGAACUGGAAGUCUGUUAAGUCUCUUCCUUUUGUAAAUUGCCCAGUUUCAGGUAUGUUUUUAUCAGCAGUGAGAGGACAGACUAAUAUAAGCAUAUAGGAGUAAAAAUUAACAUACAUAUUCUAUGCAAGAGCAUAGGUCCAUUUAAAAACCAUAUUACUUAGAAAAAGGACAAAUAAUGUCAAUGAUUCCAUUUAUAUAAAAUUUAAAAACAAUCAUAACAUGCCUAUGAUGCCACACAGUAAGGAAAGCCAGGCAUCUGGUAGCCAUAUCUCCCUUCUAAAAAAAUGUCUGGUGAGGCCUACAGUCACUUUUCUCUCAUCCAAGCUGCACCCUCUUAUUGGUCUCUUAAACUGGGUAAUGAGAAUACAGGAAUAGCCCAGAUUAAAGAUAGCAAGAGUGUCUGAAAUAUUGUGUACAGUCUCUUAAUCCAUCCUAUUAAAAUAAAACCACCCAUGUUCUUUCUCAGUUUUGUAACCUAUUAGGUUUAUUCUAUGGCUGAAACUAUUUUGAGUUGUUCCCCAGUCACUUGUCUUAUAAUGGGCCUGCAUUGCACAGACUCUUGGAAACCAGUGCCCAGUUUAUAUCACUUGACUUUUGGAGAAACUGGGGAAUGUAGAUAAAAUUAUUACACAGAUAUAAUAUAUAUGUAAUAAUGCAUCUAUGAUGCAUAUAUAUAAUGCAUCUGCACACAUAUAUGGUACAUAAAUAUAAUGCAUAUAUAUCUAUCAUAUAUACAUGUUAUAUAUUCUAUCAUUUAUGUAUGUAUUAUAUAUACGUAUGUAAUUAUUUUAUUCCUUUUACUAUGUCAGAUGUCCAUUUGGAAAAAUAAUAAAAUUAACUUUCAAGAGAAAAUAUGAAAAGUUUUUGGUACAGUACUGUUCAGUGAAAUUUUCUGAAUGCCUCUCCUACUUCCAAAGAAUGCACUUAAUAAGAACAAUCAAUCACACAUUACCUUCCAGUUUCAAUUUUGGUAAAUAAGACCGAUAAUUCAGUAAAUCUUAGGAUAAUGGUGUGUAUAUGGUCUCUAAUUAACAUGGUAAAGACCAGUUGGUUAAGCCUAGUGAUGUAGCAACAAAACUGUGAGAACUGAACUGUAACAGUUGAACUGAAGUAGAAGACUAGUGAAUGAAAACAAUUAUAUUUCAAUGCUCAUAACUAUUUUCAUUGUUGUUGGAGGUAUAAAUAACAGAAAAUGAAUUCUUUCCUAAGUAUAUAAUGGGUAGAAAUAAGACUGUCUUUUGAAAUAUUUUUUCUACCAAUUUAAAAAUAUAACAUUAAAAUUUCAUUUAUACAGGAAAUAACACAAUGGGUAUGAAAGAAAGAAGAAGAAAAGUUUUUUGCUGUGAGAAAUAUAUAUUUUCUCCUAAGGAGAUGUCACUUUAACACAAGUAAUCUGGUUGUUAUAUUGCAGUAAUUCACCUGACAAUAAAAAAUCAUUAUCUGUUAUUUUUCUUCUGUCUCUGGCAAAUAUACACAUUAUUGAUAUCAACGUUGUGUCUACUCAAAUGGAAACAAAAAUCUAAUUGUAAUAAUCCAAUACAUACCAG